UACAUAGGGGGGGGAUUCAUCAAAACCUGAGUAGAGGAAGAAUGGUCCAGUUGCCCAUGGCAACCAAUCAGAUCUACUUUCACUUUGAGGCCUGAGAAAAAUGAAAGCAAUCUGGUUGCUAUGGGCAACUGCACCGCUCUUCCCCCUACACAGGUUUUGAUCUCCCCCAUUAGGCUGAACAUACAUCACUUUCUGAUAAGCUGCUGACGUAUAGCCCGAAGAAAGCAUCAUAAAAAUGGCGUUAGGCCGAAAAUACAUAUUUUUGCGCCAAAAAAAUAUAUGAAUGAUUUUGGGUCUCUAGAUUCAGGCAGAGUUUAUUUGCCUUGUCUUAUCACUACACCUCCUCCCCGGACGCACCAGGUCCAUCUUUUUUUGGCUAUUUGUAUAAUCCAAAACCUCCCAAAAUGGUUGGAUUCAAACCCACAGAUGUCCCCCCUACCGCCGCAGUGAAGUUCAUUGGCGCAGGUACAGCGGCGUGCAUUGCCGACCUGUUCACCUUCCCUCUGGACACUGCAAAAGUCCGACUCCAGAUCCAAGGAGAGACCAAGACCCAGGUCAAUGUGAAGUCUGCCCAGUAUAAGGGCGUCUUUGGGACCAUCUCCACCAUGGUCAAGACAGAAGGACCACGGAGCCUUUACAAUGGGCUGGUGGCCGGUCUCCAGCGACAGAUGAGUUUCGCGUCCGUCCGUAUCGGACUCUAUGACUCUGUCAAGCAAUUCUACACCAAAGGAUCUGAACAUGUUGGAAUCGGGAGCAGACUCCUCGCUGGCUGCACAACCGGAGCCAUGGCCGUCGCCAUUGCUCAGCCCACGGACGUGGUGAAGGUGCGCUUCCAAGCUCAGGCCAAUGUCUCCAACUCUAGGAGAUACAAGGGAACAAUGGAGGCCUACAAGACCAUCGCCAAAGAGGAAGGCAUGCGAGGCCUGUGGAAAGGCACAGGGCCAAACAUCACCCGGAAUGCCUUAGUAAACUGCGCCGAGCUGGUGACCUACGACCUCAUCAAGGACACGCUCCUGAAAUCCAACCUUAUGAGUGACAACCUCCCAUGUCACUUCACCUCCGCGUUCGGCGCUGGUUUCUGCACCACGGUGAUCGCUUCCCCCGUCGAUGUAGUGAAGACAAGAUACAUGAACUCUGCCAAGGGACAGUACCAAGGUGCCGUAAACUGUGCCCUCACCAUGCUGCGGAAGGAGGGGCCCCGGGCCUUCUACAAGGGGUUCAUGCCGUCCUUCCUCAGGCUGGGCUCCUGGAACGUUGUGAUGUUCGUGACCUACGAGCAGCUGAAGAGGGCCAUGAUGUCCGCCCGCGGCUCCUGGGAGGCCCCUCUCUGACGCACUUCUACCUGUCUCUACCUCUUGUAGUUGUUUACAAUAGUUUUUACGUUUUUUUUCCCCAAAAAAAAUUAAAAAAAAAAAUCCUUCCUUAGGUAGAAGCUCAGGUUUUAGUUUUACUACUUUAGAAGAAGAAAAAAAGUGAAGAAAAAUACGAAAAACCCCAAAACUUCUCUUAUUGCAUCAAUAAAACCCAAGACCAGGCAGGAAUUGGCGCUCACAUUCUGUCGUGACCAUGACUGCAGAUCCUGUUCUGCUUAACCCCUUACAUUACUCGCUAAAACUUUUUUAAUUUUUUUUUUUAUUACUUCUGUCUUGUGUUUUUUGAUUUUAAUCAGUUCUGGUUUUUAAGAAUUUUUAAACGUUACGGCUGAGUAAUCUUGUAAAUCCUUAUCAUUUUUAUGGCAUUGAAGGGGGGGUUAUCCAGUAUAGGAAAAAAUAGCUGCCUAAAGCAACAGCGCCACUCCUGUCCUCCAUGUUGUGUGUGGUAUUACAGGUCUGUUUCAUUAAAAGUGAAUGGAGCUGAGAUGUAAUGGCCACCACUCUUGUCUUCAGGUUGUGUAUGGUAUUGCAGCUUAGUUCCAUUAAAGUGAAUAGGGUUGAGUUGUAAUAGUGCUGCCCCUGUCCUCAGGUUGUGUGUGGUAUUGCAAGUGGAGUUCUAAUUAAAGGGGUACUCCCGUGGAAAACUUCUUCUUUUUAUUUAUUUUUAUUUUUUUAACUGGUGCCAGAAAGUUAAACAGAUUCGUAAAUUAAAUCUAUUAAAAAAAAAAAAAAAAAAAUCUUAAUCC